UCUCUUUCUUUCUCUCUCUCUCUCCUGACUUGUUGUGUCCCAUGUGAUGCUCUACUGAAUGUCACAAUGCCGCCAUGUGACACGACAUUCUCAUGUGACUUGACAUUAGUGCGAGAGUGUGACAAUUAAAAAGCGAUAAAAAACCCUGCCGUUUGGCGGUAUAUUUUAAAAAGCGAUAAAACCCCAGUGCAGGGGUGCUUCGUGUGUGUGUCGUCCGUCUGUAUCUCCAGCACUGGGGUUUUAUCGCUUUUAAAUUGUGGCAGUUAUCCAGCCACAGUAACAAUGACGGCAACAACGGUUUUAAAGAAAGUUUGUUAUUAAUAUACGAAGGGGAAACGUCUAAGCAAGUUCCGCCAAGAACUUCUCACUGACAGCUCUCACAUCUCAACUGGGAACCCAUUCGGACGUAGUCGACCCUCUGAGGAACAGAGGAAGCAAGAGGUACUUGUGUCUACGAGCCAUCACCUGCCAGCCCCUUUGGAAUCACGACUCCAAGAAAUGCAGCUCUCCCAGGUGUUCAGCGGUCAGCCCGUGAGGGUGAAAUCAGAACCACCUGAUGUAGCAUCAUGCCUACCAGAAGAGGGCCAGGUACAUCAACAGCACUGCAAAGAGUAUCCAUCAGGGGGUGAUGCAUCUGGAGUGACAGCUGGGACGCGUGACAUUAAAGAAGAACCUCGAGAGGAAUCCUCGAAGGAACAUCCGGUUACGGAAGUGAAAACGGAGCCUUACAAUGUUGCAAUCUCGACAGAACAGGACCAAAUGGAACACAACUGUGAUUCAACAUCAGAAGUCUUACCAUCUGGGAGUGACGAGAGCCACGUGUCAAAGCGUACUGACAAGAAGCCAAGCAAGUCCGAUCUCUGCCAGAGCACGAGUCUGGGGUGUCACGGGCGAACAUAUAUAAACAAGAAACCGCACAAGUGUGACCUCUGCCUGGCAGAGUUCAGCUGGAUUGCGCACCUGCGACUUCACAAGCGAGCGCACACUGGCAAAAAGCCACACAAUUGCGACGGCAGCCCGUCAGAGUUGAGCCAGAGCUUCCAGCUACAGCGUCACAAAGAGAGAAACUCGGGCGAGAAGCCGUACAAGUGCCAUCUCUGUCCUGCAAAGUACAGCCAUAGUAGGAGCCUGAGAUAUCACAAGCAAACACACACGGGCAAAAAGCCACACAAGUGCGACGUCUGCCCUGCGGAGUUCAUCCGGAACGAUCAACUGCUGCUUCACAAGCGAACGCACACGGACGAGAAGCCAUACAAGUGCGAUGUCUGCCCUGCAGUGUUCAGCAGGGGCGGGAAUCUACAGCAGCACAUGCGGAUGCACACGAGUGAGAAGCAGUACAAGUGUGACCUCUGUCCUGCAGAGUUCAGGCACAGCUCGAGCCUGUCAUAUCACAGGCGGACACACAUGGACGAGAAGCCCUACAAGUGUGAUGUCUGUCCAGCAGUGUUCAGACAGAGUGGGAACCUAAAGCAGCACAAGAGGGUACACACGGGUGAGAAGCCAUACAAGUGCGAUGUCUGCCCUGCAGUGUUCAGCCAGGGCAGGAACCUAAAGCAGCACAAGAGGGUACACACGGGUGAGAAGCCAUGCAAGUGUGAUGUCUGUCCUGCGGAGUUCAGCCAGAGCAGGAGUCUACAGCUGCACAAGAGCAUACACACUGACAAGAAGCCAUUCAAGUGUGAUGUCUGCCCUGCGGAGUUCAGUCAGAGAGGGCAGUUACAGCAGCACACGUGGACGCACGCGGGCAAAAAGCCGCACAAGUGCGAUGUCAGCCCUGCGGAGUUCAGCAGGGCCGGGAAUUUACAGCAGCACAUGCGGACGCACACGAGUGAGAAGCAGUACAACUGCGACCUCUGUCCUGCAGAGUACAGGAACAGCUCGAGCCUGUCAUAUCACAGGUGGACGCACACGGGCGAGAAGCCAUACAAGUGUGAUGUCUGUCCAGCAGUGUUCAGCCAGAGGGGGAACCUAAAGAAGCACAAGAGGGUACACACGGGCGAGAAGCCCUACAAGUGUGAUGUCUGUCCAGCAGUGUUCAGCCAGAGGGGGAACCUAAAGAAGCACAAGAGGGUACACACGGGUGAGAAGCCAUACAAGUGUGAUGUCUGUCCAGCGGUGUUCACCCAGAACGGGAACCUAAAGCUGCACAAGAGGGUACACAAGGGCGAGAAGCCAUACAAGUGUGAUGUCUGUCAAGCGGUGUUCAGCCAGAGUGGGAACCUAACGCAGCACAAGAGGGUACACAUGGGUGAGACGCCAUACAAGUGCGAUGUCAGCCCUGCGGAGUUCAGCCAGGGCAGGAGCCUAAAGCAGCACAAGAGGGUACACAAGGGCGAGAAGCCAUACAAGUGUGAUGUCUGUCCAGCGGAGUUCAGCCAGAGCGGGAACCUAAAGCAGCACAAGAGGGUACACACGGGUGAAACGCCAUACAAGUGUGAUGUCUGUCCUGCGGAGUUCAGCCAGAGCGGGAGUCUACAGCUGCACAGGAGGGUACACACGGGUGAGAAGCCAUUCAAGUGCGAUGUCUGCCUUGCAGUGUUCAGCCAGGGCUGGAGCCUAAAGCAGCACAAGAGGGUACACAUGGGUGAGAAGCCAUUCAAGUGCGAUGUCUGUCCUGCAGUGUUCAGCCAGGCCGGGAGCCUAAAGCAGCACCAUAGGGUACACACAGGUGAGAAGCCAUGCAAGUGUGAUGUCUGCCCUGCGGAGUUCAGUCAGAGAGGGCACUUAUAACAGCACAUGCGGACCCACACAGGCGAGAAGCCAUACAAGUGCGACCUCUGUCCUGCAAAGUUCACCCGCAACACGACCCUGAGAAAGCACAAGCAGAAGCACACCGGAAAGGAGCCGUAGAAGUGCAAUUUCUGUCCUGCAGAGUUAAACCUGGAGUAAGCACCUGCAGGUCUGUAAUUGGAUACACAGAGGCAAAAAGCGAUACAAGUGCGAUGUUUGCCCUGCAGUGUUCAGCUAGAGAGGGACGCUACAGUUUUACAAGCCGACACCUACGGGCACGAAGCCAUGCAAAUGCGAUGGGAGUUCAGCCAGAGCGGGAGCUUACAGCAGCACAAGGAGACAUACACAGAUGAGAAGCCCUACAAGUGCGAUCUCCGUCCUGCACAGUUGAGGCACAGCCCGGGCCUGUCGAAUAACAGGCAGACACACACGGGCGAGAAGACAAGUGCGAUGUCCACCCAGCAGUGUUCAGCCAGAGCAGGAACCUACAGCUUUGCAAGCAGUCACAAACGGUUGAAAAGCCGUACAAGUGCGAUCUUCUGUGCUGCAGUGUUUAGCCAUAGUGUGAGCCUGUUGAAUCCAUCGGUUGUCAUUUUGGGCUGCAGAAUUCACAACCACAACGAUCUGAUAAGUGAGGCCAGCCGCGGGCUAUGAACUAUCGCAGGGGUCCACAUAGCCUACUCACCAUCGUGCUACUUGUUAGCGCACUCACAGGAUAACAUCAUACUUGCCACAAAAGCCUGAGUAAAUUUUAUUAUUGCCCAUAUCUGGUCACAAGCGUAACGUUAUCUGAUGGGCUUGCUAAUAUGUGGCAUGAUCGAGCUCAGUAAUGCGCCACGUGGGCCUUCAUAUGAGUCACACACGGCUGCACUCAUGGCUUAUUAGAUGAUUGCAAUCGUGAGUUCGGCAGCCUAAAAUGUUGAGCUAUGGUCAUAUAUCACAAGCGGAUACACACAGGCGAGAAGCAGUACAAGUAUGAUCUCUGUCCUGCGGAGUUCAACAAGAGCAGGAAGCUGUGGAAUCAGAGCAAUAGGUGGAGACAUGAGGGCGUGAAGCCGUACAAGUGCGAUAUCUGUCCUGCAGACCUCAGACAGAGCAAGGGUCUGUCGUAUCACGAGCGAAAACACGUGCGCAAAAAGCCCUACAAGCAUGAACUCUGUCCUGCAUGGAUGGGCCAUGGCAGGAACCCACAGCACUGCAUGCGGGCUAGAAGCUAUACACCAGUGCUAUGUCUGCCGCGCAGAGUUCGGCCAGCUGACGAACCUGAACAAUCAUAACUGGACGCACAUGGCUGAGAAGCCGAAUAGGUGAGCCUCCUCUGCUGCAGGGUGCGCUUAAAGUUGUGUGUGUAGAGAUGGAUUGUGGCGUCACAAGCAGACGCGUUCGACUGAGGACCUCUAUAAGUCUGAUGUGUGUGUGUCCUGCAGAAUUCAGCGACAGUGUGCGCCUGGGGCAUCACAUGUAGCCUAGGACAGGUGCGAGGCCAUACUGGAGCAUUCUCUGUGCUGCAGCCUCGAAGGACAGCACAAACCUGCAGUGUUACCAGAGGGUGUGCAUGGGUGUGAAGCCAUAUAAACGCAACAUCUGUCCUGCAGAGUUCAUUCACUUGAUGAACAGACACAGACCAGAGAACAAAACAGCUGCAGGAACCAGGAGCCUGUGGCUUCGCACGUAGCCCCGAGAGACAAUGAAACCGUGAAAGUACAGAGGCCAUGUACGCGUAUGCGUGAAAGAGUUUAUCCAAUUGAGUGUCAGUUCUGUUGUGUCGCAUAUGUCCUCGUGUCCAGGAAUAAAAGUUC